AUGGUUCGGUUCUGGAUUGAGGGGAUUGAGGUUUAUUUCCCAUACCCUAAAAUUUACCCAGAGCAAAUCGCAUAUAUGAAGAGCCUCAAAAAUGUUCUAGAUUCAAAGGGCCACGCGGUACUUGAAAUGCCCACCGGCACAGGUAAAACGGUAGCAUUAUUUAGUUUUGUAUCGAGCUACCAACUUGCAAAACCUGAACUGGGUAAGCUCGUGUAUUGUACCCGUACAAUUCAUGAGAUGGAAAAGGCACUUAAUGAACUCAGUGUAGUCAUUUCUUAUCGCAAUUCGCAGUUAAAUAUAGACCAUUCCUCUACCUAUGAAGGAUCAAACUCUUAUAAAACUAGUAAUAAUAUGAACGAAACUAAUCAAAACUACAUUAAAAAUAUAAAUUCAGUUAAACAUAUGAAAGAAGAAAAAAAUGUGAAGAUUAAAGUGGAACAGGAUGUCGAGACCCCCCAAAAUGACCAUUUUCUGGCGGUUGGACUUUGCUCCAGACGUAAUUUGUGCAUUCACCCUGAAGUUUCCUCACAAGCGGAUCGUACAAAAAUCGAUGAAAAAUGUAUAUUUCACUUUCACACACCAGUUGAAUACUACCGUUAUUUAGUCAUGCCAAUAUUAAUUUUUAUAGUAAAAGUAUAUAUAGGUUGUGAUUUAACAUCUAUAUGGCGUAGAAUGCAAUUUGAGGAUCUGGAGGAUACAAAAAGGAAUGAGCAUACUUUGGAAUACGAGGGAUCUAAGCCUAUUAAAAUAAAACCAAGCGCCUCUGCAGUUCAAGAGAUCCCUGAUAUAGAAGAGUUUAAUUCAAUGGGACUAUGUGGAUACUACGAAACAAUUGAACGCAUCUGGAAUCCAACAUUUAUGCCUUCAGGUGUAUAUACUCUGGAGGGUUUGAAGGAAUAUUGCCUAAAUUUUAAGGACCCGAGAACCGGACGUCCCUCACCCAUUUGUCCCUAUUUUGCAGCCAGACGAGCAAUUGACGACGCCAACAUAGUUGUACUGAAUUAUCAGUACCUGAUAGACCCGAAGGUAUCGGAUGCAGUGUUUUAUCACCUAUGCACCGAGAGUUAUUUGAAGGAAAAACGAGAUGAUAAAGAUAGUAAGCCCAAGUUACCAAUAGUUGUUGUGUUUGACGAGGCUCAUAACAUCGACAAUGUUUGUAUUGAGGCUCUGAGCGUAGAACUCAGUACAGAAACUCUUGACAACGCUUAUUCAGACCUGUCGAGGCUAGAGAAUAGUGUUCGAGAACUUAGACUGCGGGACGAGGAACUGCUCCUUGAAGAAUAUAGGAGACUAGUAGAGACUACUGACUUUGGUUCGGCUGAUAUUGAAGGUUAUAUGAACCCUUUACUCAGACAAGAUAUUGUUGACCGAGUGAUGCCUGGGUCAAUUCGAAAAGCAGAACACUUCAUCUCGUUCCUGAAAGUUGUAAUAGGAUACUUAAAAAAGUAUAUAAAGGUUAAAGAACCAAAGUCCGAGGGCCCACUCAUGUUUUUAUAUAGAUUUCAAAAUGAGACUGGUAUCAUUUCUGAUGUAUUCCAACACACGUAUAACAGAUUUAAAUCAUUGCUGAAUACUUUAAAAAUGACGGUUGGAAAUUUGACGGCCUUGCACUUAGUGAUUGACUUUUGCAGUCUUGUUGGGACAUACUACAAGGGCUUUAUCAUAAUUGUUGAUCCUUUUCCUAAAUCAGCGGCAUAUGAUCCUGUGAUUCAAUUCUCUUGCCUGGACGCUUCGGUUGCUAUGAAACCAGUCCUGGAAAACUUCCAGUCUGUGAUCUUGACAUCAGGGACUAUGUCACCGCUGGAAUUUUACCCGAAAAUUCUAAAUUUCUCACCGAUAUUGACUCAGUCGCUUCCAAUGUCACUUGACAGGGAAUGUCUUUGUCCCAUCAUAGUUUCAAAAGGAGACAACCAAGUUCACAUGACUACCAAAUUUGAUCUUAGAAAAGAUAUAACACUACUCAGGAACUAUGGAUCACUAGUGAUAGAGCUUUGCAAAAGCAUACCUGAUGGCGUUGUAUGCUUUUUCCCGAGCUAUGCAUACAUGGAAUUGAUUUUGUCACAUUGGUACGAAACCGGAAUACUAUCCUCUAUUAUGAGUCAUAAAUUAGUCUUCAUAGAAACUAAAGAAUCAAUUAGUACAAGCCUAGCACUUCACAACUAUCGAAGAGCCUGUGAUGCCGGACGUGGUGGUUUGUUCCUUUCAGUUUGCAGAGGAAAAGUGGCGGAAGGAAUCGACUUUGAUAUGCAUUAUGGACGCUGUGUUAUCCUUAUUGGAAUACCUUUCCAGUACACCCUAUCCAGGACUCUAAAGGCCCGGCUAGAUUUUAUGAGAUGUAAUUAUGGCAUAUUGGAAAGUGAAUUUAUUACAUUUGAUGCUAUGAGACAAGCUGCUCAAUGUAUAGGAAGAGUUAUUCGCAACAAAGGUGACUAUGGAUUGAUGGUAUUGGCCGAUUCUCGCUACACAAGGGUUGGCAAAAGGUCAAAAUUACCUGUUUGGAUUCUCAAAAGGUUAGAUUUAGGCAAUUUUUAUCUUACCUGCGAAUCGGCCAGCUCAAUUGGGAAAGCCUUCAUAAGAAGAAUGUCGCAGGAAUAUAUCAGCACUAAAAGAACCAAAUUUGGCCAAACAACACUCAACAAUGAAAAAUUGUACUGGUCAACUGUAAAAAGUAUCUUGGACCUAUAA